AUGGGGAACCGCAGCGCCGGGGACGCCGACGGGCUGCUGGCGGGGCGCGGGCCGGGCGCGGGGACCCCGGGGACCCCGGGCGCGGCGGCGGCGCUGGCGGGGGGCGUGCUGCUCAUCGGCGCCGUGCUCGCGGGGAACGCGCUGGUGUGCGCGAGCGUGGCGGCCGAGCGCGCCCUGCAGACGCCCACCAACUACUUCAUCGUGAGCCUGGCGGCCGCCGACCUACUCCUCGCCCUGCUCGUGCUGCCCCUGUUCGUCUACUCCGAGGUCCAGGGCGGCGUGUGGCUGUUCAGCCCCGGCCUCUGCGACGCGCUCAUGGCGAUGGACGUGAUGCUGUGCACCGCCUCCAUCUUCAACCUGUGCGCCAUCAGCGUGGACAGGUUCGUGGCGGUGGCCGUGCCGCUGAGUUACAACCGCCAGGGCGGGGGCGGCCGCCAGCUGCUGCUCAUCGGCGCCACGUGGCUGCUGUCGGCGGCGGUGGCGGCGCCCGUGCUGUGCGGCCUCAACGACGCGCGCGGCCGCGACCCCGCCGUGUGCCGCCUGGAGGACCGCGACUACGUGGUCUACUCGUCCGUGUGCUCCUUCUUCCUGCCCUGCCCGCUCAUGCUGCUGCUCUACUGGGCCACGUUCCGGGGCCUGCGGCGCUGGGAGGCCGCGCGUCGGGCCAAGCUGCACGGCCGGACACCGCGCAGACCCAGCGGCCCCGGCCCGCCGCCCCCCGACGGCAGCCCCGACGGCACCCCCGGCCCGCCGCCCCCCGACGGCAGCCCCGACGGCACCUCGGACGGCACCCCCGGCCCACCGCCCCCCGACGGCAGCCCCGACGGCACCCCCGGCCCGCCGCCCCCCGACGGCAGCCCUGAUGACAACCCCCGCCCGCCGCCCCCUGACAGCAGCCCUGGCCCGCCGCCCCCCGAGGUCACCCCCGAUGACACCCCCGACGCCACACCCCGCCCCCUGCCCCCCGCCGCCGACGCCGCCGCGCCCCCCCCCGCCGACCCUGCAGAGCCCCCGCGGCAGCCACGCAAGCGGAGACGCGCCAAGAUCACCGGCCGGGAGCGCAAGGCUAUGAGGGUGCUGCCCGUGGUGGUCGGCGCCUUCCUGCUGUGCUGGACGCCCUUCUUUGUGGUGCACAUCACCCGGGCGCUGUGCCCCGCCUGCCCCGUGCCCCCGCGGCUGGUCAGCGCCGUCACCUGGCUGGGCUACGUCAACAGCGCCCUCAACCCGCUCAUCUACACCGUGUUCAACGCCGAGUUCCGUGCCGUCUUCCGCAAGGCCCUUCGCCUCUGCUGCUGA